AUGGAGUUAACGAUUAUUCCUAAAACUGAAGACUGCAAGGUUAGUCGUUGUUUGGACGUGGGAACGAAAUCGAAGAUGCCGUAUUGGCUGGAUAAGUUUAUAAGAGACAAUAUCGGAGUCGGACCAAAGAUGAUCAUAGAGAAGAGUCUGACUGCUACUGAUCUCAAUCCAAAUAACGGACGUCUCUCAAUGCCACCUAGUCAAAUCGUUGAUGAAGAUUUCGUGACUGAAGUAGAGAAAACGAUCAAAGAAAAGGGGCUUAGCGGGAAAGGCUUAGACGCAACUAUUAUUGAUUGCAAGCUGUGUAGAUGGGAGGUGAAUCUGAGGAUAUGGGACAUGAGCGGUCGUCCUAUUUAUAAUUUGCUUACAGGGUGGAAUCAAGUGGUCAAAGAUAUAAACCUUCAAGAAAAAGAUAACAUUCGCCUCUGGUCUUUUCACUCUAAUGGCAAACUCUAUUUUGCUCUCAUCCUUCUUCCGCCAUCCACUGAUUCAGGCAAACCUAAACCGUGA